CACGACAACACGACAACACGGAUACAACACGUCUGUACGACUUUACCUACCCCUACGGCCCGUCAUGGCCGAGCUGCUCUACACUCCCAUCGCACACAACUGAGCCACCCGAAUUAUCGAUCACGCUACCUAUGACACGUCGUCUACGAGAUUCGCGGUCGAGCUUGGUUUAGGAGUAUCGCUUUGCGGCGAUCGAGAGCAGGGUCAAGAUGGCCACCAGGCGCCAAGAUGAAGCGCGCCAAGCAGCGGAGGCCCGCUAAGCAGCGGAGGCCCGAAGAUGAAGCCCGCCAAGCAGCGGAGGACGCCAGGAUCGAAGAACAAGAUAGCUCCCGCAGCGUCGACAAGAGCGCGCGGUUUGAAGCAGACGAAGUCAACAGGAGUCCGGACGUCAGCAGCAAGGUGAAAGCAGGAGAGGGUUAGAUAAAAGUCAUGCGAGAGAGCGAAGAGUACGAGGUAGGCCAGCAGCAGGGAGCGCGCCUAGAACCAUCGACCCCGCCCGCGGACGACAUCCCCCUGACCAUUGCGCGAGCCCCCGAGGGGCGGCUCAGCGCAUUACAGCAGCACCACUUCUGCUACUAGGGUCCCAGACCCGCUCAGGCACGUGAUGAAAUGAUCAUGUCCUCUGUCCGAAGACGAAUAUGGCCUUGUUUUGUGUUCCGAAAGUUUUUUUUGUCUUGUCUUGUGUCUGAAUCGUUUCCUGUGUUGGGAAUUCUGCGAAAUGUGUGAUGUUGGGAUGAAAGAGAGAGUACGGUUGUCCCGAACGAGAUAACUGAACGUGUGAGGGGUUAUCAAGCCACCAACAGCACGUAUGAGGGGAUGUUAUGCUUCCAAGAGUUUAGUUGCCAAUCGUGCAACGAAAAGAGUAUGAGGGGCUUUUAUCACACCAAAAGCAGUACGGUAAAAAAAAAAAAAAAAAUGAUGCGUAACUUUGUUUGUGGGACUACCACGUCACCACCGACACAACAGCAAAGCGUGGACAUAUUACGCAUUUGAAGGACAGUCAGAAUUCUUGACGCAAGCACGUAGGAUUUCAUGGCAAGUUUGUAGGAGAUGUUGGGUAGAAUUUCGCUGGAGAGAACAGCAAUAUGCGUGGCAGGACCUCGGCGAAAAGCGAGACUUGACCCAAGACUGACGUUUUCCGACUAGAUCGCAGAGAAAAAUAGUCCGAGGCAUCACUCAGCCAAGAAGCGAGGUUGACCCAGAAACUAAAUUCCCGACUAGAUCGUAGAGGACAGCAAUAAGAGGCAGUACUCAGCAUGACGCGGAGCAAGAUCCACCAAAUGCGUUCCUCCGAAGAGAUCACUCAAGACCAUUUCGGUGGCACAACACGAACUUUGAAGUUUCACGGCGUGAGCAGAAGAGAAAUUUUGGAUGUCCAACUGUAUUUUAUUUUGUUUUGGUACAGCAGUCACCCCUGUGCAGAACCGGGGGGAGUGUUGUGGAAUGUGAUUCUCCUCAGGAGUGCUGUUUUAUAAGGAACUGAUUGUGCCACCAUCUUCCCUUCCGAACGCGCGACCUGCCCUCCACCGCUGCCGAGUCAAUCCUUCUGGAGCGACAAUUGUGGUCUCCCCCAACGAAGGCGGACGAUUUGCUGACGAUGCUCCAGCCGCGGCCAGCCGGACGAAGAGCACAGAAGGCGACCGCGGCGGAGGCGAGCGAAAAUCCACGGGGGAGAAACAAUGGCAGGGGCAGUGGUCCAAUGCGCUGGGGUUUAUGGCUGGAAAAGUAGGCGCAUUGAGGUUCAUCUUGAAUUUGAGUUAGUUUGAGAUUUGGCGUUUGUUUUGUUUGAUUUGAGCUUGGGUUUGGUUUUUCAGAUCUGAUUGAAGUGUGGAUGAGAGGAUCAGAAGUACUGUUUUGAUUUUCGGCACCUCUCGUAUUGUUUUUCGGCUUGACUCCGACCCCUUCACAAAGCAGGGGGGCGGAUCCUCGGAGCAGGGGGGCACGUUAUAUUCUUUCAAACGAAAUGGCGUUGCUGACAUUUCUUCACCGAACAUUAAUGAUAUAUUUUGAGUAUUUCAGGGAGAUAGUACUUGUUCGCGUUUUACCUGCGGACGAAGGGUUGGUGGAUGAAUGGAAUAAUUUGUCUUAGGAUUGCAAACAUCUUGGUAAUGGUAGGAUAUCUAGCUAAGCGGAUUUAGAGACGCACCGAGAUAUUGUGACGAAUUGGCGGUGAAAGGAAAGGCGUCUUUGAACGGCGUUCGUCAUAUUUUUCUGGAUGAAAAGAGUUUGAGUUGAGAAUUUUCAAAAGAGAGCGAGAGUGAUUAGCGUGUGUUGGUAUGCUAUUUGGAUACUUUUGUCGUGUCUGAUGUAUUUUCGUUUUCUUGGUUUUGAUUGUGUUUUGGGAUGAACUGGUAUGAAAAGGAUGACUUUGAUAUUUUCCCGGAGCAUGACGAUGCAUACGAGCAGGGAGGCUAUUCGAUAUACUCGUAGCAUAGUAUGAUGGUUGAGAUGUUAUGUACGUACGUACGAAUAUUGCAAUGAUGAGAUGCGGAGGAACAGGAACUUUCUACAUAUUUUCCUUGGUUGUGAGAGGCUUUUGGUGAGGAUUCAGAGAGAUUCGUUGUGUGAGAAAGCAUGAAGGCGUGACUCGAUACCGUGAUGGUUUGACGAGCACGAGCACGCCCCCGAUUAAUACAACACGACAACACGGAUACAACACGUCUGUACGACUUUACCUACCCCUACGGCCCGUCAUGGCCGAGCUGCUCUACACUCCCAUCGCACACAACUGAGCCACCCGAAUUAUCGAUCAGGGUGCUCAAACCCCAGGGCGCCCGGGAAUCUGCCGCAUGCCGCAGAUGGGAAGCCCUGCCGUAAUACAAAAAGGCCUGCGGAACCUAACUACAGAACCUACAGAAUCACAUUUCAAACACAGAGAACGCGCCAAGUACAUGCAUGUAACACAUGCCAGCCCUCCUCUCCAGAGCAGAGGGCGCUAUUAGGCCGCAAACCGCAAACGCCAACCAAGGGGACCCACAGAUGGGAUUUUGGCAUGUAAGUUCCCGCCGCAUUUGUUGGGUGAGAGACCGGCUUUGCUGCUGCACACAGCGUCCGGGCAAGACAACAAGCAACAGAGGCUGAGAGCUGGCCCGAAAGAUACGGAGCGGAGACGAGAUCAACGGGUAGAGAGUGCAAGGGCUCUGGGCUUGAAGAGUUUUGGGUGGCCGCGGUGGAAGGGGAAGCUGGCAUCAUCAUAUCACCUUUUGUCGUCGCAUGAUACGGCUGUACCUAUAGCACCGCUCUCGCAGGUCUCUCUUGGCGACCCGCGGGGCUGAGUGGAGGAAAAGUGACAACUGGGGCUCAAGUGAGGAGCUCGGGAAAUGGUACGGGGUCGACGUGAACGCCGAAGGCCGGGUGGUGAAGUUAUCGUUGUAUAACAACAACCUCGAAGGGUCUCUACCACCGCAGCUGGGCAAUCUAGGCGCUUUGCAGCAUAUGGCUCUUAACGCGAACUGGCUGAGCGGACACAUCCCCGAGGAGUUGGGAGCUCUACGCCACCUUGAGAUGCUUUCGCUGCACAACAGAUGGCUGGAAGGACCCAUCCCGGAGCAGCUGGGAAGUCUCACCAACCUGGAAAAGCUUCUACUGUUCAACAAUCGGCUUACUGGUUCCAUUCCGACGAAGUUGGGCGCCCUCGCCAAGCUGGAGAAGCUAGCGCUUAGUCUUAACAGACUGACAGGCAAGAGCUUCAUCCCCAAGGAGCUAGGGGAUCUCAGCCAUCUGCAGAUGCUUCAUCUCGGAGACAACCAGCUUGACGGUCCUAUCCCCGAAACUCUGGGAGCUCUCGGCGAGUUGAAGGAGCUUGGCCUCAACAACAACAAGCUUACAGAAACCAUCCCCAAGCAACUCGGAGAUAUGACCAAGCUUGAGCGCGUUUGGAUGAGCAGGAACGAGCUUACCGGUUCUCUCCCACCAGAGCUAGCGAACCCCCGGGCACUGAAGGUGCUUCAUCUGCACGAAAACCAGCUCACCGAUGUACCCAGAGCGACGGCAGAAAAGUUCAACGCAAAGCCUUGGCUUACGGAUAUCCAGCUGCACGAAAACGGAUGGACCAAUCCUCCGUGGGAAGUGAUAAAAGGCGGCUGGUUCCAGAUCAUCAGCUUCCACGAGGGCUUAGCGCGGUCCGGGGGCGCCGACUAAGAUGAAGCCUAACCCUUUGGAGUUUUUUUUUCUACGACCAGCUCAAGGAGGUCAUCAAGAGCUUAGAGGUGGACAGAACGCAAGAGAUGGUUCUCGUUACAGCAGCGUCCACACCACGACGAGGCUCGUGGACAGAAGAGGGCGUGGGCAGUCCCCAUUUGUAGGCCUUGUGUUUUGAAGUGAUUUCCUGGUGCGAGCUCUAUUAAUUGUUGAUUGAUGCAUCCCUACCCUGAGUCUUGGCAUCCUUCGGACCUUUUUCUUGUUCUGGUAUAAUAGCAUGAGCCGGUCGCCCCGGCUAUUUGGUAUCGUCGCAACCUUCUAGCACCCAGGUCUUGGGUCCGAUUCCCGGCGUAAGCGAGCUUGCAAAAAUUGAGUUUUUCUGUCACUUCCGUCCCUGGUCGUGGAAAGCGCUAGUUCGUGAAAUACUCUCAGGGAAUCGUCCUAGCACUCUUUUCGCCAAAAAUCGAAGGCAAGCAACGCACGAGGGGUGGUAGCGGGCCUCAAUGGGGGGGAACCCUUAUCAUUCUGCGUGACCUCGGAUUGGUGAACCCCUAACACCAGGAUCCUUGUCUUGUGCGCGCUCCGUGAGGAUCUCGAAUCGCUGAAGCUCGUGAUGUGAGUGUCUGGUCAAAUGAAAUGUUGCGUUUUGAUUUCCCGCCAAGUUAACCUCUCUACCGUCGCUCCCCUCCAUGUUGACCCCCCCCAAAAGAAGUAAACGGCCUCAUCAGUCUGUCAACCCUGCAACUGGGUGCUAGGGAUCAACGCUUUACUUCGAAAUGAAGCCCCCCUGGUACCAUUUCGACGCACUGCAUGCGCCGUGCGCUGCGGGGAAUGAACUAAGAUACUUAUUUAUGUGCACGACGCAAUCGUGAAUUUGAACCUCUCUCCAGUACUGCCCCUACUUCCGUAACCGUGCAAUCCAAACAAAUCAAGCGCGCAAAUGAAUGCUUUGCUUGGGAGACGCAUUUUCCGCCCAACCUGGGCAUGCUGUCGUGCGUUGUUGUUGUUGUCUU